CCCGCGGGUUGUUGCGCAGACGUAUAUCUCUCUGCUUCCCCACUUGACGCCCCGCAGAUCUAAGAUUUCCAAAAUUCGGGUCCCAAGAGCAAAGGCCAUGGAGCUUCGUGUGCUUGUCCGCUUUGCCGCGCUGCUGUUUGCGUGCUGCGUGGCGGGUGCGGAACUGUAUGAUUCGAGUGCCUUGACGGUGCUGACGAACUGUUCAAAAACAUGUAUCGACGAAGUCAUCUCCGUGUCGAAUUGCACGGCGCUGGACGACUCCUGUCUAUGCACAGAUGAGACGAUUCUUCCAGCAGUUUCCGGAUGCGUCAUAACAACCUGCUCCGUGAAGCAAACUCUCACUACACAGAAUGCCACGCAAGCCUACUGCCGAGUGCCGAUUCGAAACAGGACCCCGAUCUUCGUCAAUGUCACCAUCGUGUUCGGCACCUUGACUGGUGUGUUUGUCCUCUUCCGGUUUGCGACAAAACUCUUCGUCCUCGACCGAGACUUUGGCAUGGACGACCUUUUCGUGCUCCUAGCCUUCUUAUGCGGAGUUCCGUCCACGGUAAUGAACAUCCACGGCACGGCCGGUCAUGGCGAAGGUCAAGACAUCUGGAACCUCGACUUCGAUACCAUAUACAAGUUCAGUUUCUGGUUCUAUGUUUUGGAGGUAUUUUACUUUGCCCAGGUCUCCAUUUUGAAAAUGGCGUUCCUUUUCUUCUAUCUUCGAAUCUUCUCCGGGCCAGCCCAGAAAGUACUGUGGGGGACAAUCAUCUUCAACGCCCUAUACGGCAUCGUGUUUUGCUUCCUCGCCGCGUUCCAAUGUACUCCCGUUAGCUUUUUCUGGAAUGGAUGGGACGGAGAACAUGCAGGAAAAUGUUUAAACAUCACCGCAAUUGGGUGGGCCAACGCCUCUGUCAGUGUUGCACUAGACUUGUGGAUGCUAGCAAUCCCGUUAUGGUGUGUACGGAGCCUGAACAUGAAUUGGAAAAAGAAGUUCGGCGUUGUUGCCAUGUUUAUUGUUGGAACUUUUGUCACGGUUGUUAGCAUCAUUCGCCUUCAGUACAUCAUCAACCUCGGGUCGUCCCACAACGCUACUUACGACCAGCUCGACAUAUCAAUCUGGUCGACCGUCGAAAUCAACGUUGGAAUCAUGUGCACGUGCAUGCCGGCGAUCCGUAUGAUGCUGGUCCGAUUCUUCCCAGUUCUAAGGAGCACCAUUCGAGAUACGAGGAAGUCUUCGAACUACAAGGAGAACUCAGGGCCGAGAACAAAGAUACCUUCUCAUGACGGUUCGAGAGUGGUACCAGAGAAUGGGAUUGAGCUGAAGCGCACGUUUAGGGUGCAGUACACCGAGGGAGAUGAGGCGCGAUUAGUGAGCCAGCGAGAAAUGGGCAGCAGAGGAUUCACUGGGAGUCGCACGAGCGUGAGUGAGGGAUCCAUCUAAAAGGAG